CUUUACAUUUGAUGUGUACACAAUUCAAGGUACCAUCAGUUUCAGCCAUGGCAGCGAUCGGAAGGAAAUUUGUGCUAUCUGCAGUUCCAUCACGAAUUGCUUCAAGAAAUAGCUGCAAUAAAACAUUUUCUAGUUCUUCCAAAGUAAUGGCACCAGGAAAGGUUGGAUUUAUUGGGCUUGGCAAUAUGGGUGGUCACAUGGCCAGAAACUUGAUAAAGAAAGGCCAUAAACUGGUUGUGUACGAUGUUUCUAAAGAUCUUGUCAACAGUUUAAAGGAAUCUGGUGCUGCAGCAGCCGGCUCCCCAGCAGAGGUCGCCUCAGAAGCCACCAAGGUUGUAACCAUGUUACCAGAAAGUGCUCAUGUACAGACAGUCUACACUGGAGACAACGGCAUUUUCAGUGCCUUACAGAAAAACAGUCUUCUUAUGGAUUGUAGUACCAUAGAUCCAUCUGUGUCACAGUCUAUGGCAGGAAUUGCGGAGGAAAAGGGUUCUUCCUUUGUGGAUGCACCUGUGUCGGGAGGUGUGAAUGCUGCACGAGAUGCCUUACUUACAUUUAUGGUUGGUGGUCCUGAGUCGGCGUACAAAGAAGCAAGUGAAUAUCUCAGUUUAAUGGGGAAAAAUGUUGUGCACUGUGGGGCGGUGGGCACAGGACAGGCAGCAAAGAUUUGUAACAACAUGUUGCUUGGCAUUUCAAUGAUUGGAACUUCAGAAACAAUGAAUCUCGGAAUGAAGUUAGGGCUCGAUCCUAAACUCCUGGCAAAAAUAUUGAACAUGAGCUCCGGGCGAUGCUGGUCAUCAGAGGUAUAUAACCCAUGCCCUGGAGUAUUGGAAGGUGUGCCAUCCAGUAAUGACUACAAGGGUGGGUUUGGAACAGCUCUCAUGACCAAGGACCUGGGUUUAGCCCAGAAUGCUGCUACGGCGAUGAAAUCCCCGACACCAAUGGGAUCCCUGGCCCACCAGAUGUACAGAACUAUGACAAACCACGGAUAUGGUGGCAAGGACUUCUCAUCAGCAUUCAUGUUCUUACAGGACCAGAAAAAGAAAUAAAUAGCAUUCGUGUGAUUUUAAACAAGAACAAUGAAACCACCUCAAGUUUUAAUGAAGUAAUUCAAGUUUUUCCUAAAUUUAUUUGAUAAAUUUGUACCCUUAAGGAAGUACAUGCAUAGGACUCAUUAGGAACAUGACAUCCAAUAAACUGAUUCAUGUUAACUUACAUAAAAAAUUAUUGAAUUUUUACUUUUUGAUAUUUGAGGCAGUAUCUUUCUUGAUUUUAUGCAUUUGAGUGAACCUUGAAACAGAAAAAAGUUUAUUGUAGUGCUUGUAAUUGAAUUGAAUAGGUUUGAAAAUAGUUAAAUCCUAACAUAUAAGAUAUGUAAACAAAUAUGUAAAAGAUGUCCAUGACUUUCAAUCUAGUCACUUUUCUUGAAAAUCUCAGUUUUGUCUGCUGUUGUUUUUUUUUUGUUUUUUUUUUUGUAAAAAGCACUUUUUAAGUUCUUACUUUUGAAAAAAAAAAACAAAUCUAUUAAUUGGCUUCAGUAGAAAAGAAGUUGAGAAAAGGAAAUGUUAAUAUAUAAUUUUACCUGAAAUAAUUACUCAGUACACUUUACUAUUUGUGCAUGUAUUUUUAUAUGGUUUGGUACUAAAUGAAUUGAUUGUUUGUGUGUCUGUGUGUUUAACCAAGAAUGGUUUUUUGUUUGUAAGUAUAAUGCAGGUUUAUAUAGUGUGAACUGGUGUAUGUGUUUUGUGGGUUGUGUAUAGUAAAUCUUGACGCAGGGGAAGUAAUUACAAAUGAAGUUAUUACUGGUACAUGCCUUACCAUAAAUUGUACAAGAAAAUUCCUGUUUACCAUGCUAGGGAGUCACAGGAAGUGUGCACAUUUAAAGGCGUACGUUAGAGUCUCUGUAUAUAAGAUGGGCGAAAUUUUUCCCGAUAAUAGAAUUUCUUCAAACUUUGGAUAUUGAAGGACAAUCAUCUAAAAAACAAAGCUAUGCAAUAAAAGUCAAAGGUCACCAGUAUUGAAAAAGAGUUAUCUGCCCUUGAAAAUGGCAUUUUUCAGGUAUAUAACAAAUAGCUGAUUAAACAGCUGUGCUGUGCCUUAAGUGGCCCUUGUGCCAGUAUAUGUUAAGCCUGGAGGCGUAUUACUUCAUGCCAACAAUAUAAGCUUCUUUAUAUUUGUUUCAGGGAUAUUUCUGAGUAUGAUUAUAGAAAGUUUUAUGUCAUGAUGUGUAUUACUUGAGCAUUUGUAGUUAAAACCUCCCCUCAUAUAUAUAUAUAUAUAUAUAUAUAAUCAACCUGGGUUUUUUUCAUGUAACAUUACCAUAAACAUGUUGGUGAGCUGCAAUAUGAAAAGAAGGUAUGCAAAGUAGAACAAAUCCCCCUUGCUCAUUUUGACCUAGGCAUACAGCCGAUCCAUUUGACUUCGCUGUUUUUGUUUUAAAAUAUCAAUUUGCAUCAACAUAUAUUGAAAACUAAUUUUAAAUGUGAUAAUUAUCGAAUUUCAACUGGUCUGAAAAUCGGGAUGUUUGGUGAAAAAAAGUGGUGGGAAUUUGUUUGCAUUGGAUAAAUUACACAAGGUGGAUUUUGUCUGUAUUUUGAAUGAUCAUGUUAAAAUUUUUUAGACAAUCAUGAUUAUUUUGAAAUAUUGAAUUUUUAUACAGUGAUUAUAUAGAUAAGUACAGUUAUUGAUUUUUAUCUAUAAUUAGAAAGUGGUUGUUUGAUUUUUGUAUAAUAACAUAAGUCAACUUAACUGUUUUUAAGCAGAGAAUUAUCCUGCAAAAUACUCAGUUUUGAGAUGUGCAAAAGGUUGAUACAGACUAACAGUGGGAUGGAGUUAUUGUGUAAAUUAAACAUGAACUUAUUGUGCAUUUUAACAAUGGGAUUAACUAUGCAAUUUUUCAGUGCGUACAUGCAUGCAAGUUAGUUUUAAUUCAUGUUGAAUUGAACAACAAAAUUGAAAUAUAGUACAUUGUCAACAAAAGGAUGAACUAGCUGUGUAAAUGAACAAUAUAGAAUUAAUAUGUUGUACAUUAUCAACAUUGGGAUGAACUUAGAUAAAUAAUUGUUGAAAUUAACAACAAAAUUCAAAUAUGGUGCAUUAUCAACAUCACAAUGAAUUUACUGUGUUGUAAAUGAACAAUAGACAUAAAUAUGUUGUGCGUUAUCAACAACAGGAUGAACUUACAGUGUGAUGGGAUAUUUGUGCAAAACAACAAUAACAAUACGAUGAACUUUUUGUGCGAAGUAACAAUUAGUUUAAUAUGUUGUCCACAUAGAAAAUGGAAUCCACUUUCAACAAUAAUUCAAAUGCAAGGUUACAGUGUAAUGAAAUGAGUGUUAAGAAACCACAAGACCUGCCGUCAUACAUGUAUUGCUUACCAUAUUCAAAUGUCCCAGUCUUUAACAAACUGUGUAAUUUUGAAGUGAAUUGUAAUAAAAACAUGCAUUUUGUGACAACUAUCUGUUUUUGUUAAUGGCAAAUGUUUUUAAAACCUUUAUCAUUGGUCUGGACCAAAACUUACUUUUUGUAGUAAAAAGGAUUUGAAAGGUUGUUUGCAUUAUUAUAUAUUAGUGGGUCAUAAGAUUUUGUUAAGACUCAUAUUAUAAUGGCAAAGUGUUUUACAAAAAAAUGGCUGUAAAUAAAAUGUAUCACUCAAAA